AAGAGAUCGGCGUUAAAAACUGAAAUAACUUGAGAAAUUUCACAGUUUGUGCUCUUCGCUUCUUGUUUCAAAAGCUUCAUGCCUUAUGCUUCUUGGCUGUCUAUUUCAUAUUUUAAUUUAAAUUUUACAAGAUGAAUUGGUCUUGGAUGGAUAGAUUCUUAUCAAACUGUGCUAAGCUGUAUGUGGUUUAUAGAAUUAUAACAUAUUUAGCCGCUUCAUCAGAAAGUAAUGUUUCAGGUCUACGUUCAUUUAAGCACAUCAAUUCAGGUGUUUUUCUAUUAGACUUUAAAAAUGAACCUUAUGGGAAAACUGGGUUUCUUUCGUGUGCUUACUUACAUUCUUCCGGUGAUUGGAACAACAUGGCCACUGCUAAUAUAAGCUUAAAGGAAAAUACUCGAGGGUCUGUUUACUGGCGAAGCAAGCAAAUCUCAGAUCCUUUUAAAUCUUAUAAACGUGCCAUUGAUUCUGAUGGAGAUUUGGUAAGGUUGCAACAACUUAUUCCAAAGGUUGAUCAGGAAUAUUUUAUGAAAAUCGAUCGGGAUGAACCGUCUAUAAAACUUCAUAUACCUUAUGAUACUUUGUUUUGCUUUCUAGGAUACCAAGACAUAGAUUAUUCAGAAGAUAUGGAUUUAAUCAAGAGGCCCAUUAUGGAUACUGAAUUUGUUAGCUCUGCUCCUACCAAGUUAUCAUUUAUGGAAAUCUUUUCAAAGCUGAUGACCCUUUUCGGAUUAUUGGGUUCCAUAACAUCUAUUAUACUGUGUGCACUGCGCAAAUGCUGUCUUACUCAUUGCUUUUUAAUAAUAUUCACUUGCUUGGAUGACUGGAAUAAUGCAUUUUGGCUGUUAUUUGAUGUGACAAAGAUAUUUGAAAAUCCAACUAGCCUUACCUCUUUAAUGAAAGUUUUUCUUUUCUUUUGUGGUCAUGCUAUUCGAUCUUCAUUUUAUUCUUCUAUUACCCUUAUUGUCACGCUUUACUUAGGGAUUGCUCGUCCCAUCUCCAAUAAACAAAUACGUAUGGUGCUCCUUAUUGGUAUAAUCCAAACAUUAGUUGUUAUUGUUGUCCAUUUGGUUUUUCCUAUCCUUCAUUUUAUUGAAUAUCCAAAAGUAAACAUUAUAAGGAUUAUAUGGAACGUAUACAAACAUUUUUACAACAAUUCUUUAUUCCUAAUUGGAAUUAUAUUUUACUAUCGAAACCAAUUUCAUAUGGCUCAUUCAUCGAAUGCAGUACACAAAAACUUUAUUCAAGUUGCGAUUAUCGAUAAUAUAUUAAAAUACGGUCCUCCGAUUAUCAAGGAGUAUAGUUAUGAUCUUCUUUUUGUAUUAAAAUGCUGUCUGGAAGCAAAGCGUUGUAAUCUUUUAGAUCAAAUCGUUACAGAAAUCUUUGACACACGUGACCAGGAAUUCCAUGAUGAAAGCUCAAUUGAGCUGAAGGAUCUUACACCUGAAUGCAUGGACCAGGCGCCUGAUAAAUUUGAAGAAAGAGCAAGGACCAAAAAAAUUAAUUGAUUCAAGAAAAAUAGGUGAAUUCUCACUAUAUUAUGAAAAGCUUUUUCUAACCAUAAUCGAAAGUAUGCCUUGUGUCUACUGUUAUGAAAUGUUUAAUUUGGAACAUGGAUCUUAAAUAACGUUCUCAAGGUUGAGGUUUUGUACCUUUUAUUUUAUUAUUUUAUUUUUUGGCCUUUCAAGCUAUGGAGAACGGUCAGUGAACACGAACUUUGGGCAUUGGGUGCAUAUAUUAAUAAUUUAGAGGUUUACUUAUAAAGUGGUACCUUUUUACGUGGGAUCGAAUGGGAUAGGACUUCGACGAGUCAAAGGUGUAUAUUACUCCAUCACAAACGCCUCUUAGGCAUCUUUUUUGGUUUAAGCUUGCAAACCAAUUUAUUUUAAUCUUGCGCAUCAAUGGAUUUUUCUCACAAAUCGAGACUUUUAUUUGGGAACUUUAACCUAUAUGUUUACUUUCCAUGGUGGAUUUCAGGUUACACCGUCAUUUGUAAGAAGUUACAUUAUGUUUCUUUACGGGUAACUCGGUAAGGAAUUCUUUAUACUAUCGUUUCUAUCGAGGAAGAAGGAUGGUUCUUCUAGUAAAAGAAUUUUUUUAAAGGUUAGCUCCCGGAUUCGUCAAUCAUGGACCCUUGACUACGUGCGUAAUAUAAUGAGAAUAUUGGUCGGUUCCAUGAGUAUCAUUUCCAUACUCCCUUACUUAUAGGUAUAUGAUGCGUCGUAAAUAAACAAUGGUAAUAAGUAGAAAUAGGAGAAAAAUCGAG